UUUUCUUUUUUUUUUUUUUCUUUUUUUUGAAGCAGUAAUGGCAGGUGGAUUAUUAGACCAAGCUCUUCGCAAUAGAAUAAAUCGAGAGCUCCAAGAUAUUGUUUUAAGAGACAGUUCAAGCUGUGGUAUUUUCAAAGUGCCUAAUCAAUUACGCCAGAUAAAUGAAAAGGCCUAUGAACCUGAAGUGAUCUCUAUUGGCCCUUACCACCAUGGUAAAGAUCACCUGAAGGCAAUGGAGGUUAACAAACUGCAUCAUCUAACAAUGCUUCUUAACCGAGGAGGCGAACAAAAAGUGGAGAGAUAUGUGAUUUCCUUGCAAGAAAUGGAAAAAGAAGCUCGCAAUUUUUAUUCUGAACCCCUGGAUGAUAUUGGUAGAGAAAAUUUUGUAAGAAUAAUGCUUCUUGAUGGAUGCUUUAUCAUUGAGCUUAUUAUGCAGUGCAAACUAAAGGCAAAACGUAGUCUCACACCCUUUAGUUUGAGAAAGGUAAUGCGUGAUCUGCUGCUAGUUGAAAAUCAGCUUCCUUUCUUUGUACUCUCCAAGUUAUGGUCCCUGUCUGGUCAGCCAGACCUUACUCCCGCUGAAGUAAUGCAUUUCUUCAUUAUGAUGAUGCCACUAAGUUUCGGUAGAAUGAAUCGAGGAGUUCGAACUAAACGACGUACCGGAAAUCAAAACGUCAAGCAUCUACUGGACGUGCUCCAUGACUACUUCUACCCGUGUUUGUCGCCCCGGCCAGGAGGAAACUUAGUGCAAUUCAUUCGUUCUGCAACUGAGCUCAAUGAGGCCGGGAUCAAGUUUCAGAAAAAUUGGGGGGAAUUUUUUGGUAUAUGGUUUCAAAAGGGGGUGAUGACAAUUCCAGCCCUAACAAUCACUGAUGAUACAGAAUUCAUCCUUCGAAACUUGGUUGCUUAUGAACAAUGCUACGAGGGCAUUCCUUUAAAAUGCUUCACGGAUUAUAUUACAUUUAUGGAUUGCCUCAUCAACACAGGAAAUGACGUUGAAUUACUUUGUCGCUGUGGAGUUUUUGUAAAUCGGUUGGGUGAACAUGAAGUCGUUGCCACCAUGUUUAACAGACUCCGCGACUCUGUUUUGAUCUCUGAAGAUGAUUUCAUGUACUCCGAGAUAUUCGAAAGAGUGAACGCACAUUGCAACAGAAACUGGAACAAGCAGAUGGCAAUCAUACGGCACGAUUACUUUAACACUCCAGGGGCAUUUAUUUCCUUUACUACUGCGAUCUUUUUGCUUCUAUGUACUUUGUUGCAAACUUUGUUUUCAAUUCUCCCUUCUCAUCGUUAAUCAGUCUGACCAUUUGUAAUACAAUGUCAUGUAUUCU